GCAAGAUUGUUUUGUUUAGGAAACCUGAAUGAAGACUUGUUUACUGACGUUGAUGGAAGGCGAACUGACCAAUCAGCCAUCGAAUUCAUUGUUCUAGUGUACGCGUGAUUGCUUCGAGAACAAAGAAAUUUCCCAAACUGGCGCGAAACUCAAACCAAGGCCCGUUCCUCUGAGGUUCAGCUUUAUCCGUCUUGUAGUGGAAGCUAAAGGAAGUGCCUAUAGCUUCACUGAAAAUCGUGUUGAAUCGUGAACACUUCAAAGCUCCAAAUACAAGAUGUCGGCUGCAAACUUAUCUGCUCACAUGACUGCUGAACAUCGUAAAGUUUUUGCGCCGCUUAAUACACUCAAAGAUCAUCGUUCUGUUUAUCAAGUUCUGGAAGAAAAAACACCCUCUUCAACUGCGAGCAGUUUGUACACACAGCGAACUACUGGAACUUUUGGAAAACCUACAUCUUUCCAACAAUCGAAACCACAGGUAAAAAGAAAGCUUGAUUUGGAAGCAAAAGACCUCGAUUAUCCAGCAUUUAAAACCCCGAAGACAAGUGCAAAGGGUCGAAAUUCCAAGCGGAAGAACACUCGAGUGCCAACGCCUGUUAUGAAGGAGAAAGCUGCAAAACCCUCUCGGCGAAGAAGUUCCUCUCGAGGUUCAGAGAAUGGAAAUGAUGAAUCUCCAAGAUAUGAGACAUCUUUAGGAAUGCUAACAAAGAAAUUUGUGAGUAUUCUAAGAGCAUCACCACAAGGAGUCCUUGAUCUGAAUAAGGCAACAGAAAUGUUGGAUGUUCAGAAGAGGCGCAUCUAUGACAUCACAAAUGUUUUGGAAGGCAUUGGAGUCAUUCAGAAGGAAGCAAAAAACAACAUUAGAUGGAGGGGUGCAAAACAUCUUGAAAGGAAGCCAGUUUCAGUUGACAGAGAACAAGCUGCAAUGGCCACAAAAAUGGUGAAUCUACAUCAUGAUGUAGAAGAACUGAAACAGCAAGAAGAAAACCUUGAUCGCAUGAUUGAAUCAAGAAAAUUACAAAUGGGACUGAACAGUGCAAAUGAUGAAAUAAGAAGAUAUGCAUAUGUGACCUACCAAGACAUAAGAGGUAUCUCUGAUUUUGAUGGUACAACUGUGAUUGCUGUCAAGGCUCCACCAGAAACAAGACUUGAAGUUCCAAGACCAGAAGAAGGAUUGCAGAUAUGGCUUAAGAGUGGAAAUGGUCCUAUUGAUGUUUUCCUUUGUCCUGACAACAAAGAAAAUUCAGACCCAAGUAGUGAUAAUGAAGGUGAUCAUGAUUCAUCAUACAGUACAUCACAAUUGUCACCAACCAAAAGUGUUUGUGGUGAAAAAGAUAGCACUGAUUACUCAAGUGCUCUUGAACUAGACUUUGCAACCUUUGCACAGCAAUUUUCAAAUGAGCAGUCACCUAUCAGACAGAGACAGAGAACACUGUCUUCUAUGAAUUCCCCUGAAAGCUCACUUGUUGAGGAAGAUGAUAUUAGGGUUGAGGAAGAGCUGAUGUCUUUUGAGCACCUACCUGAUACAGACCAAACAGUUGCAGCAUUAGAUACAGAUUUUGAUUCGGCAGAAUACUUAUUCUCAUUGGAACAAAAUGAAGGUAUCACAGAUCUGUUUGGUGUGAUUUAGAUUUCUUUUGGUGUAAAAUAUAUCCUGUAAUAUAAUUUUGGGGUCAUUCAUUGUAUAUGUGUGCCAAACUUCAUAACUCACCAUGUCAUACAAAAUCAAUCAGCAGGCACGGAGCUGAAUUACAAUAUGUAUGCAAUUGUCACUGCCCAUUCCUGAGUCAUCCUUGUACAUAUUUUGUAAGUGACCCCUUUGUAAACUUGUGGAUACGGUACGUAUUUUAGCAUGGUAAAUAGAAAUCUUUGCUGGAUUGUGAGUAGAUUUUAUUACAAAUUAAUUGUACUUGUAUAAAAAGUUUUGCAAUAGAUCACUUGUAGUUCAGUCUGUAUACUAAUCAGGGUAUUUCAUGGUCCUAUUAACAAAUGGAUCACAUUUUCAACGAAAAGUACAAAACAUGGGUUUUUCCAAGCAAUAAUUUGUAUUUUUUACUGGGCCUUUAAAUAUACUAUUGUAUUUUGCCCUGUCCAUGGAAUGAUCUUCUUUGAUAUGUCAAGAAUCAAUGUUUUUUAGAAUGUUUCAUAGAAUAGGUACAGAUUUUACAACAAUAUUUGAAAAAGGGCGAGGACAGAUCUCAUAAAAGUGAUUCCACUAAACUGAUUUUAAACUAUUCUCAUAAAGAACAAAUUCUUAAAAACUUGCAGUUGCUCUUUAAGCAGGACCUGUAUCCUCUUUCUCCUUGCUACAAAUAAUAAUAUAUUGUCCCAUUUUUGUAAGAACAAAAGCUUGACCCCACACAAACCCCCGUUAUCAUAUACAACUAAUAAUAAAAAUCUUUCAGAAAACUUGAUGAGUAGAUUAUGUAUCUAACAUCAUCCCAUCCAGGGAUGAGCUGUGAUUUGAACCAGCCAAAUACACUUCUAGAUUUCGCAUGCAGGCCUCCAUGAUUUUCCAAAGACAGUGAUUUAAGUAUCUCACUGCCCUCGAUAUAUGGUAUCAAAAUGUGAAAUAAAAAUGUACAUUGAAUAAUUUUAAGUACUUUUAUUUUAUGCUAAGUUUCUUUUAGAUUUGAUUCUAAAAUUCUGUAAUUUACUUAAUUUAAUAUUGCAGAGUAGGAAAAUUAAAGAUGUAAACUUCAGAUUGUUCAUUUUCUGUUUUUCAUGCCUAAGAGGGUGUUUUCAAAAGAUACUCUAUGUUUUUUUUCAAGAUGACAAAAUUAUUUAAAAUUGUAAAUGCAAGUUUAAUUGCACAAAAGAAGUUCAUUCUGCAUUUGAGGCUAUAUUUUCCUAGGAACUUUCUUGGAGUCGUUUUUUUAAUUUUUAACUGGGCAAAUAAAAGCAAAUUUAUUUGCCUUUUUCUUCGAUUAGAAAAAACAAGGAUCAGACCCAGUUCCAAGAAAAGAGUCAUUUUUUUGAAGAGAUAAUGGCAUUUGAAGAGGGUCCUGUUUCCUAUGAAAAAGUAAUGCUAUAGCCUUGGAAAAAUCAUCAAAAAUUUAAAAAAAAUUAUGUUUUAACAGCAAAUUUAUUUGCCUUUUUUUUCGAUUAGAAAAAACAAGGAUCAGACCCAGUUCCAAGAAAAGAGUCAUUUUUUUGAAGAGAUAACGGCAUUUGAAGAGGGUCCUGUUUCCUAUGAAAAAGUAAUGCUAUAGCCUUGGAAAAAUCAUCAAAAAUUUUAAAAAAAUAUUUCUUCAAAAGCAAAUUUAUUUGCCUUUUUCUUCGAUUAGAAAAAACAAGGAUCGGACCCAGUUCCAAGAAAAGAGUCAUUUUUUUGAAGAGAUAACAGCAUUUGAAGGGAGUCCUGUUUCCUAAGAAAAAGUAAUGCUAUAGCCUUAGAAAAAUCAUCAAAAGUUUUAACAAAAUAUUUCUUCAAAAGCAAAUUUAUUUGCCUUUUUCUUCGAUAAGAAAAAACAAGGAUCGGACCCAGUUCCAAGAAAAGAGUUGUUUUUUUGAAGAGAUAACAGCAUUUGAAGGGGGUCCUGUUUCCUAUGAAAAAGUAAUGCUA